GAAAAGCGCACGCGCGCGCCGUCCCACGUGCCGCAGUCCUCCGAGGCGCGCAGCAGCGAAGAUGGCGGACGCAGAGACUAAGAAGAAAAGGAAGUCGAAGACGUUCUCAGAAGCAGAAAUUGGGGACAUUCAAGAAAGCGGAGACUUCCUCAUCAAACCGGAGUCGAAGGUGGCGAGCUUGGACACCUCUCAGUGGCCGUUACUCCUGAAGAACUUCGAUAAGCUGAACAUCAGGACGGCUCAUUACACUCCUCUGCCGCACGGCUCCAAUCCGCUCAAGAGGGACCUGCACGACUACGUCAGGACCGGUUUCAUUAAUUUGGACAAACCGGCGAACCCCUCUUCCCACGAGGUCGUGGCUUGGGUCAAGAGGAUUCUUCGCGUGGAGAAAACGGGCCACAGCGGCACUCUUGACCCCAAAGUCACGGGCUGCCUGAUCAUCUGUGUGGAACGAGCCACGCGGCUGGUCAAGUCUCAGCAGAGCGCAGGCAAAGAGUAUGUGGGCAUAGUACGGCUGCACAAUGCGCUAGAGAACGAGCACCAGCUAGCGAGGGCUAUAGAGUGUUUGACGGGAGCCCUGUUCCAGAGGCCUCCGCUCAUCGCCGCCGUGAAGCGCCAGCUACGAGUGCGAACCAUCUAUGAGAGCAAACUUAUCGAAUACGACCCUGAGAGACGCCUUGGUGUGUUCUGGGUGAGCUGUGAGGCGGGCACGUACAUCCGGACUCUGUGUGUUCACAUGGGUCUCCUGCUGGGUGUGGGAGGUCAGAUGCAGGAGCUGAGGAGGGUGCGCUCCGGAGUUCUGGGAGAAAAGGAUAACCUGGUUACUAUGCAUGACGUGUUGGACGCCCAAUGGCAGUUUGACAACAACAAAGACGAGUCCUACCUGAGGAGAGUGAUCUACCCUCUGGAGAAACUUCUCAUCUCGCACAAAAGGAUCGUCAUGAAGGACAGCGCCGUGAACGCUAUAUGUUACGGUGCUAAGAUCAUGCUGCCGGGCGUCCUGCGCUAUGAAGACGGGAUCGAAGUCAAUCAAGACGUAGUCAUUAUAACUACAAAGGGAGAAGCCAUUUGCACAGCGCUUGCCCUGAUGACGACAGCCGUCAUAUCCACAUGUGACCACGGCGUUGUGGCCAAAAUCAAGAGGGUCAUUAUGGAGCGAGACACGUAUCCACGCAAAUGGGGCCUGGGGCCGAAGGCCAGUCAGAAGAAAAUGAUGAUCCAAAAAGGACUGCUAGACAAACACGGCAAGCCGAACGGCAGCACCCCUGCAGACUGGAAAGAGGGCUACGUAGACUACAGCAAACCCCAGGUGAAGCCUGCCAAGGAUGCUCAGGAUGCGCCGUCAAAGAGGAAACGCGAUGAGAGCGGAAGCGAAGGUGAGGUGGUGGCUGCUGAGGGCGCACAGACGAAAGAAGAAAUCAAGAAGGAGAAGAAGAGGAAGAAGAAAGAGAAGAAACUGAAGCUGGCGGAGGAGGCUGAGGCUCCAGCAGAGAACGAAACCGAGGUUACAGAGAGCUCAAAGAAGAAGAAAAAGAAAAAGUCUAAAGAUGCAGAGGCUGGCUCAGAAUGAACGGACUUGAUAUUGCUGCAGUAAAUGAAAGACUUGUGGAUGGAAACGGGUUCAUCUUCACCCAGCUGUCAGCGUUCAGCGUCGAAGUGAACGGCAGCUCGGAAAUCCAUCAGUUUGCAGUUAAUUUUUUUUUUUUUUUUAAGUCUAAAUGAAACCCAUAUUGCCUGGGUUUAUUCAUGUAAGGUGUUUUUUGUUUUUGUAAAUACAGAUUGUAAUCCUGUAAUCAAAUGAAACAUGAAAUGACUUUUUACAAAAAGCCUAAAUUCAUUGUCUGUUCAGUGGUUGUUUUUACACACAAUACUUCAGGGUUUAUGGUUUCACUGACAAUCUGGUUUAGUUAGCCUUUUCAUUUCAGUAAUUCAUUCAUAAGUUUAAGACUGACACAAAGUUAAGUAGUGAAGGACACUUGGAUCAAAACCAAACUACUAAACUUGCCUCGGAAUAUAAAAAUUGGGGAAAUGUUUCACUGCAAGCUUUUUUUAUUUUUAUAUAUAUCUUCCUUCAUUAAUCAGUUGGGCAAAAACGAACCACUUCUAACUGAAUUUAUCAUCAAAUAAUUAUUUAUUUUUUUUAAUAAGUAUUUGAGGGCUAGCAAAUAUCUGAUGCGGAGAUGCAACAUGUAAUUUAUUUUUUUGCAGUUUUGGUUUAAGCUUUUCAUGUGUCCUGACAAGUCUAAUAAGUAUUAAGGCCUGCUUUUCAUCUUAAAAUAAUCUGCAAGGAAAUUAUGAAAUAUAUGCUGCAGCUUUUCUAACAAUACUGUGAACUUGCAGUUACUUUUUACAACAUAGUGUAGCUCAUGUUUGUUAAAAUCUAUUUUAAAUUUAAAAAAAAGGUGAUAUGCUAUAUGUGUCUUGCAUAUGUAUUUAUAUGAUAAGAUGCUUAAACCUUUUACAGGAAUGUAUUCGUACAUGUAGGAUAUGUAGCGCCCCCUACCUCCUUUUAUAAUGGCUUAGUAAGGAGCAGCACCAGGUUCAAUAAACUAAUGCCUAAGAGAUGGUGUAUUAAAAAGGCCCCUCUGACGUCACUGAACCAUAUACUUUUCUUUUAGACAGUUAAUCAGAAUAAAAUAUAUACUCACAGUUUGACUGAUCAAGAAUAAACCCUUUAGAAUAAAUAAAACACUUGAAGUAGAAGAAAAUAAACA